AUGAACAGUGUAAGAGCUCAAAUCCGAAAAUUACCACCAAAAGCUGUCAUUAAGCUAUUACGUAAAAUAUUUGCAUUGCCUGCACCUGCUGCUAGACUUAUUUUAAACGACAUAACAAGAGCAAGGAAAAGCCAUCUUUCUUGGAUUCAUCGAGUAAAAUUAGGUACUCAUAAUCAGUAUGAUUGGUCAGGUUGUUGGAUAGGUGAAAAUAUUCAGAAACUAGAUGAUCAGGCAUUAUUAAAGAGAAUCUAUGAUGCUGAUAUUAUUCUAUUUUAUGUUCAUGGUGGUGGCUUUCGUAUUGGUAGUUGCACAAUGUAUAUGGAUACAAAUAUUGCUUGGAUCAAUAUAUUAAAAGAAAAGUAUGGAUUAAGCUGCAUGAUGAUGUCGAUUGAUUAUAGAUUAGCACCAGAGUAUCGUUAUCCAAGCCCAGUAGAAGAUGUUGUAAAGGCUUAUGAGCAUCUUAUUCAAAAGCUAGGAGUCAAAAGUGAAAAUGUAAUUGUUAUGGGUGACUCUGCAGGAGCAGCACUUGCGUUAGAAAUGUUAUUUAUUACUCAUGAUCCAAGUAUGUUUGAAAUUGUGAUCGAAGAUAGUGAAUCAGCAGGAUCACACCCUAUCCUACAAGAAUUACCAAGACCUGCAGGUCUAGUCUUAAUCUCUCCUCUAGUAACAGAUAAAACAAACUCAGAGUCAUGGAAAGUGAAUCAAAAAUAUGAUUAUAUUACUCAGUAUACAGCAAAAGUGAUUAAACGAGACUAUUUUGAACCUAUUCAUAAUUCACAAGAUGAAGAGGAACAGCAACGUAUUUUGGGCAUUGCUAAACUAGAAACUGGAUUUAAAGCAUUCAUGACUCCGGAAGUAUUAAUGUAUAUUGGUAAUUUAGAAGUGCUUAGAGACGAUGCUUUACAGUUAGCUAUGAAGGCAGAACAUGAUGGAGUGAAUUGGCAAACUGUAAUCGAAGAUUUUGUUCAUGACUGGUUUUGUGUUCGUGAAGUUGUGAAAGAUAAAGAAGCUAUCAAAAGAGCAGAUCAUAUUUUUGCUGAUUUUUGUUAUCGAGCUAUUAAAGGGGAAAAGGUAAUGCUGACACCAAGACUUAGUUUAUUAGAUGUAAUUAAAGAAGAAGAGAGUAGUAUUGGUAACAGCAGUAGUAGCACUACUUCAUCAUUAUUUGACUUUAAGUUCUCGAAAUUAUCUAUUUUGGACAAUGAUUUUUCAACACCACAUACCAAUUCAUCUUCAAAACGCUCUUCAUCAAAUAUUGUAUUUGUUUAA